GACUGAGAGAGAGAGAAGGAGAAAGGGAGGGAGAGAGAGAGAGUGAGUGAGAGAGAGGGGGAGGAAAAUAAGAGCCAUCAGCCCCAUCUAUCUGACUCUCAUACUAUUGGAUAUUAUUAUUUUUUGGGGGGGGAUCUCUUUAUUUCCUUCAUCUUGUAUUUUUCGCUUGUUUGUUUUUGGCCAUCUUUUUCUACCUUGGAGACUUCUCCCACCGCCGCGACUCGACUCCGCUUCUACUGUUUACUGUACUGUUUCUAAUCCUCUCUCUCCACUCAUUGCAUUGGACUACAGACAUCCGCGUUUAUUUCUGUUUUCAUCUUCUAUUUGCUUUUUUGCCUUCCGGACUCAUAAUUCUUCGCGAGAUCAACCGACCAACCGACCGACGGACCGGCCGCCGUUAUAUCUCCACAAACUCAAAGGGGACCUCACUCCUGCGCCCUCGGGAUUGAAUUUGUCUUCCUGCAUGCGUCUGUUAGUGCGGAGCUGAGUUUGUUUAAAGGAAGAAAACGUGACAGCAACUCCAGAGGGCUCAGCCAGUUUGAGAGGAUGAAUUAGACUCGGUCGACAUGGUGCCAUUUUGGAGAUAAACCCCCCUCUUUUAUUUCGUUUCUUUACUCAUAUUUCUUCAUGGGACGGGCGGAGAAGCGGGAUAUCAGGUGGAGAUCUUGAGCGCACACAGGCGUCACCUGUCAGCACACCUUUUGACGGCGCGCCUGUCAAUUAGUGUCACUAAUUGGAUUAUUUUGAUCUUGAACUUACAGUCUGCAGGUUGCUCUACUCCACCUCCUCUCCCCCGUGCCUCCCCUCAUCUCCCCCCUCCUCUUCCCCUAGAAGUUAUGUCAAGGCCUCUCUCUCAGCUCUUACCGCCGGAUCUCCCUGCCGGGGCCACCAGCCCCCAGUUUGGGGCCAGCAACCCGGCUGGAAGUGGCCCUCAAAGUGGACACCUGACCUCCAUGACCAACCUGAAGUCCCUGCUCCAGCUGCCAAUCAAGACCGACCAGAGAGGAACCAAGGACUGCUGCGAGAUGAAAGACAAAGACAAGCCCUCAGACUCUGAUGAAGACUCAAUGGGUGUUAACACCGGAGGGCCUGGUGGGGUGGGAGGAGCCCCGGGCUCUGGCGCCCUGCGGCCCAACUCCCAGUCGGCCUUCCUGGGCCCUCUGCUGUGGGAGAGGACCUUGCCAUGUGAUGGAGGCCUGUUCCAGCUGCAGUACAUGGACCUGGAGGAGUUCUUGACCGAGAACGGGAUGGGGAUGCAUACCAACGGACCCAGCUCCACAAGCGCCCAGAUCCCCUCCCAGAGUUCCCAGUCGGCAGUCCCCAACCAGAGCUCCCAGUGCCCUCCCACCUCUCCUCCACCCUGCUCCUCCUCUUCCUCCUCCAUGUCCUCUUCAUCCUCCUCUUCCUCGCUGCUGGGACUUGAGACUGUUCAGCCACAGCCGCCACCACCACCUCAACAGCAGCAAAGCAUGAUGGGAGGACCUGAGUGUCUACAUGGUGGGCAGUCGGUGCCUCAGGACCCAUCACCUUCCUCUACCUGUCCUCCAGGACCCCCCGGGCCUCCGGCGGCCGCCAACAGCAGCAGCGAAAUUAUGGUGAAUUUCGACCCUGACCCAGCGGACCUGGCGCUGUCCAGCGUUCCCGGCCAGGAGGCGUUUGACCCGCGGCGGCACCGCUUCAGCGAGGAGGAGCUGAAACCUCAGCCGAUGAUCAAGAAGGCCCGCAAGAUGCUGGUCCCAGAUGAACAGAAGGACGAGAAGUACUGGAACCGGCGCGUCAAGAACAACGAGGCGGCGAAGCGCUCGAGGGACGCCCGGCGGCUGAAGGAGAACCAGAUCUCGGUGCGAGCUGCCUUCCUGGAGCGGGAGAACGCCGCCCUUCGCCAGGAAGUGGCCGACAUGAGGAAAGAGCUGGGCCGCUGCAGGAACAUCAUCAACAAGUACGAGAGCAGGCACGGAGACUUGUGAGGCGGAUGGAGGAGGAAGAGGAAGAAGAAGGCGAAAGAGGAAGGGGUGGGGAGGGGAAAGAGGUGAUGAGAAAAGGGUACAAGGCAACCCAACAACAGCGGCACUUUAGUUGAAGUGGCGAGGGGGGAAGGCUGGCGUAGAUCUGCAAUAAGCGGCAUGCGACACCGGGCGCAAACACAAAAAGUGUGUUCUAGUGUCCACUGUGCUUCAGGAUGUCACGACAGGAAAGCACAGCGACGCCAUUUUUAUUUCUACCGCCCCCCCCCCCCCCCCCCAGUUUGACUCUUUGUACAUGCUGCUUCGCUGAAUCCACACAACGUACUGUAUCACCACCUUGUGUCACUUCGGCAGCUUACGUCACCCUCGGUGCUGUGCUUACGCCCGGUGUCGCACGGCGUUUUUGCAGGUAGUGCGUCCUAGUGCUGCUCUGGCCAGUUCAAACAGGGUGUUGAAUUCACAUUAUGCCAGUGAAAUCUCACUUUUUAAGCUCAAGGCAUGGACACAAGCCAGGGGAGGUCAGAUGUGUAAUUUUUUUCUAUAAAUAGGACAAAAAAAAAACAUGUAUAUUUUUGAACUGGGCAGGAAGGCGAGACUAGUCCAGCAACGAGGGGGAGGAGGGGGAGGAGGAAGGGGAGGAGGAGCAGGAGCAGGGUUUUCGUCCAUAACGCAAAGAGAUUUUGACAUAGGAUUAUUGUAUAUUUUUCUAUUAGCAGAGAUAGUCAGGAGGAGGAUUUUGGAGAUAAUCUUUUGUAUAUUUUAUAUAUGGGGCGGGGAGGGGCUGUUAGCUGGACAGUCACGGGGCCACACGAAACGCUUUUCCUCCCAGCUGUUUAUCGCUAAACAACAAAUAAUCUAUUUUCGAUUUCACGGAGCAGGUUAGGCGGAGGUGGAGGCAUAACAGAGAAUGUAUCAUGGUUGAAUCAGGUAUUUCACACAGUGUGAGACGAGGCGAGGUAUCUUAGUAACGAUUGUUUUCGGUGUAGGGAGGGGGGGGCGGGUCGUUGGAGGAAGACGGUGAAACACAAAUUGUAUAGUUUUAAAGAAGUUUUUGUGUUCGUUUGUUUUCCUUUGUGGGCUCGUUCAAGCACUUGAUUUGUUUUAUCUUCUCUUUGUUUCCGUGUCUGAUUUUUUUUUUUUUCCGAAAUAAUCGCAGGGUUUUUAUUUUUGAAGAUGAAGGAGAAAAAGAGAGAGAAAAACAGGAAGUAAUUAGCCAUCAGAACAGCUGGAUGUGAGCAGAUGUUUGAGAAUAAAUAAGGUGGAGAAUUUCGCUGGCAGGUUUGCAUUCGGUUGGGUGAACGUGCACUGCUCACACGUACACACUCAGACACACAAACUGUUAAUAAUAACACAGCAUGGUUGCGGUCUUUCUCUCUCUGUUUACUCCUCAAUUUGUCCAGGAAGUGCAAAAAUGAAAUGCUAACUGGUUUAGGGUUGAUUUGCCCAGAUUGAACAGUGACUGAAACCCUCAGCAUGCAGACACACAACAAAACAAACACACACACAUGCACAGUCCUCACCCAGGUUUUAACCCUUAUCGUUGUUGUUGAUGUUGUUAUGGACUUCUAUGGUGCUGAUCUGAUCCGAUCCUUCACCUGACGCACACAAACACACACAAACCCAUAAUCACACACAUGGAAACACACAUAAUAAAACACUUCCACCAUCUCAAACACAGUACUGAACUGCCUAUACCCUUUCUUUGUCUUUAAUUCCUUCCUUUUAGUUUAUUUUUCUUUAUUUUGUUGCAUAUUGUAUUGAUAAAUCGUAUAUAGAUUUACACACAAACACUUGUCUAUACCUCUCCUUCAAACUUUACCCAAUGAGAAACGAGAAAUGCACCCUACUGCUACUGUACCAUACAACUGUACUAUUGAAUAUUAAACUAUUCUCUCACUAGAUAUAUAUGUGUAUAUGAUAUAUGCUUGAAUUAUGUGAUUAUAGUUGUAAUAUACAUAAUUGAAUAUAUUACAGAAAAACCCAUUGGAAUCAUUUUGUCAGUUUUUUCUCAGGUGUUUUUGUCUGAGGUAUUAAAUACACGUAUUAAAAAAAAAAAAAAAACACAAAAAAAGUCUUUGAUCCAAUCACAGAAUUUGUGGUUUGAUUUGUUUUGGGUUUUUUUUUGGGGGGGGGGGGGUUUAUUUUAUUUUCCUGUUACGAAGCUUUUCAGAGCCGUUAUGAUUCUCUUUUACCCCACUUUAUUACCAAAAUAGAAAACCGUCCGUUCGCUAAGCUCCACCCUCCUUAGUUACUGUUGCCAUGCUUUUCAAGCUGCACAUAGUAGGACUUUGUGGUUACUAUGGUAACAGGAAUUCAGAGUUUUUUUCUCCAACAUUUGGCCCUUGAUUUCAUACGGAUUUCGUAUGUUGUUGGCACAUUUUAUUAGCUGCUCCAUCGCUGUGUGCGAAAUGGUAAACCUAAACUUGUUCACUACUCCCUACUUGAUAACGCCUCAACAGUUUACGAUGUGAAAACCUCAUUCAAAAUCCCAUUGACAUUUGUAGCUAUGCUAACUAUGCUAUAACAGUGGAACAGUGUCAUGUGGCUCCGUUUGAAGUUUUUAAUGUUUUUAGCGGCACUUAAACACCAUUUCCCAUGAACCCAACAUUAGCAUGCUAAACGUCCCUGAGCGAGUCAGGGGGUUGGGUUAGCUCAGACAGAGACGACUGAGUGCUCUACAUUAUGCUCUACAUCUGAGAGAGUGUGCCGGUGACUGGUAUGGAUUUGGACAUAACCAGGUUACGCUUGCUCUUAAAUAUGCGUUUGAUGGCUAUGUUCAUGAUAUCAUGCAAAUCCAAUGCUGUGUAAUGAUGCUGAAAAGACUGAGGCAAACGGGAACUGUCACCGCCAGAUCUGAUCAGCUGUGGCUUGCUAGCUAAUUAAGCUCCCAUCAUCAUGGGAAAACACAGUCUCCGGCUGACACUCUAAUGUUUCCGGUGACUUGCUUUUAAACAAGGUCCCCUUUUACAAAAAGUAGACAUCCGCACCAGUUGAUGAUCCAGGUCGAUCUAAAUAAAUUACCUUGUUCUGUCAUUGCAGUUUAAAGCUAAUUAUCCUGAGUAUUUUACAAAAUGCCAUUCUUAGAGAAACAUAUGAGGUUAGAGAGGUUUUAUUUCUGCUACGUUACUUAUCAUUUAUUAAGAAAAUAUUAAGUAUUUUCAAACAAACCAUUUUGGCAUGCUAAUAUUAACAAUACUUUUAUGUCAUGUAAACACCCCACACUCUUUAAAUGAAUUUAUAACAUAAAUAAGUCGAGAAAUCCAACACUUGACAGACCACGUUACAUUUAACUAUGAGUGGGCAGUCACUGUUUGGGGGAGGGGUUUAGUGAACGGUUAAUUUAGCGCUAUUGUGUCUUUAUUUAGAGAUGUCAACUAAAUUUACAAGAUUAAGUCCUUGUUACCUGCUACACAGUGAUGGCUCCUGUUGUUGACACUCCUUUAAAACUCUUCUCGUGCAACAGCUUGUUUUUCUUCAGGGGAAGCUGUGAUUCGACUCUCACGUAAAUCCCGUUUUCAUUCCCAAAAACAACAUUUCCCACGAGCCUGUUAGCUGUUGGCACUAUCCACAGAAACUUACUGUACCUGAGCCCCAGGUGUAUUAUGGGAGCUGUAGUUCUAUCCUUGAUAAAUAUAUAUAUUUUUUCUUUCUUCUUGUCUUUUCUUUUUUGGGAAUAUGUUUAAACCCUGAUACACAGACACAGACUUUUGAAUUUAAAUCCACGGAAGAAAAGUCUCAGAGCUUCUCACGCUUCUAUGUUGUUGGAAGAAAGAAGCUGUGUGUGUUUUUCUUUUCUUUGUUUUUGAUAUCUGAGGUUUUGGGAUUUCUUCACAGACGUUUCAGAAACUUUUUGACAGUGCUAUUUUUCUAUGUAACUGUGUUGUUGAGCGUGUUACAACUUUUCCUGGAGGCCAUUUGAGGCCCACUCUUCACAUGGUGGCAGUGACAGUUUGCUGCUGUACGAUAAAAAACGGCAUUGCGGGUAAUAAUGACAACAAUAAUAACGAUGAUAACAAUAAUGUACACAGCCUUGUUAUUUCUCCUUCAACUUUGUGGAUUCUCAGCUAACUUCUCCUUGUUGUGACUGACUGUUAUGAACUACAAAUCCCAUGAGCGCAACACUCACCCCAACUCCUCACCAGUAUUGUGUGCUGUCCACAGAGAUGAUGGCAUAUGUGGUCUGGCUUUUUUUCCCCCUCCAAACAUCAAUAAAGGUUUAUCCUUACUCACAGA